AUGAAGCUGUCCUUCAACCUCCCUUUGCUGCUCUCAGCAGCCUUUAUGGCAGCGCCUACCCUGGCUCUGCCCAACUUCGGCGCCAUGAUGACUCCCGGACCCAACGGUGAGCCUUCGCACUUUGAAAAGCGACUGAUUUCGGCCAACCCCCUCAAGAUUCAGGGCAUGAUCAAUGACCUGAAGAGCAAGGUGGCCGAGCUGAACAGCAACAUCACUUUCCCCGAUGCAGGAGACCUGCUCAAGGCCAAGAUCACUGAUAUUACGCCCGAUAGCAUCUACAAGUCUUUUGGCGUGCGACGAGAUCUCGGACUUUUGCCUCCGGGUGAAGACAAGUACCACCCUUGGCAGGCUCCUCCAAGGGGCGCCAAACGUGGACCUUGCCCUGGUCUCAACACGAUUGCCAACCACGGCUACAUUCCUCGCAACGGUAUCGUUAACCCCAUCCAGCUGAUGGUCGGUACGUUCCAAGCACUCAACCUGAGCCCGGAUCUUUCUGCAAUCCUUGUCGCUAUCUCAUUCGUUGGCUUGGGUGACCUGCUCCAGAUGAAGCUGUCGAUCGGCGACCGAUACGGAUUGGGCAGCGGACUAAGCCACCACGGUAUCCUCGAGGGCGAUGCUUCGGUGACUCGUGACGACAACUACUUUGGCAACAGCUGGGACGCCGAUCCCAAGCGAGUCGCGCAGUUCAUCAGCGAGACCAACACGUACGGAAAGGGAAACGUUGACAUUUGGUCGCUCGCCAACUCGCGCUACCGAGCUUGGGAUUGGAGCCGCAAGAACAACCCGGUCUUUGACUUUAACCCCUGGCGAAUGCUUGUUGCCUAUUCCGAGAGUGGAUUCGUACACGAGGUGCUUCGUGGAUCGUUUGUCAAGUUCGACGAGGCCAUGAUCAAGAGCUGGUUCCUUCAGGAACGAUUCCCCAAGGGCUGGUCCAAGAGGAUUGUACCGUUCUCGACACCCGAGAUCGUUGCUUGGGCGGGCAUUAUCGACCUGGCCAAGCCGACGAUUCCUGGCUGGAGUGUGGGUAAGGGCGCUUUCAUCCCUACUCCCACCACGGACGGUGCUUACCAGGAACUGAAAGCGUUUAUUGACCCUAAGACAACGGGUGCAACGCUGGAGGAAUUCUUCUGCGAUGCCGGUAAUGCUGUCCUUGGCUUCUUCCCGACCCAGAUCACCAACCUGCUUGGCAACUUUGGCAUCAAGGGCGUUGGAGCUACCUUCAAAUGCGCUUGA